GUAGCGAUUCAUCCUGGUGUAGUAGAACCUAGCUCCACUGAUUCGCUGAAUAAUGUAACGUGGCGCGAUCGAACAUUCGAUAUCGAAUUCGUCCCGUCAGUAGAUAUGAGGCAUGGCGAGCCAACUGAUGUGCAAUAUCAGUUGAGGAAUAGUGGCGACGAGGCACUGCUAGACUGCCAACUGGAGCUAAUAACGCCACGCGACAAGAUUCAGCUGGUCAAAUAUGAAAAGAUUUUAAAAGCGAUACCACCUGGAGAAUCUGCUUCACUGAAAGUUACGUUUGUUGCGUCUAGUUACAUUGUUGACACCACUGCUACUUUGCAAUUCAAAUGCAUCGAAACUCAACGAAAAUUAAUCAGGUAA